AUGAAAAAUCUACUCUUUUUCCCUAUUCUUUACAUUACGUUAAACGUAAUAGUUGCUCAAGCGGCAGUAAAUGUUGAUUAUAUAACAAUUGACGGAUUAGACUACUUUAAGGAACAUGGGGAUAAAUCAAACCCAGCAUUAAAAUCGAUAAAUUCUUUUGCUUCAAGAGCUUUAAAACUAGACAAACCAUAUUCAGUAAUAAACACAACGGUGAUCCCACCAAAUGGAGAUAAACGAGAAUAUCUUUCAUAUGCACCAUACUCAUGGCCAAAUUGUGAUGGUAUACCAAAUGUCACGGAUCCUCAAACUCAAUGUCCUUACGAAACACGUGACGGAAAGACUAAUCCUGAUGUUAAAAAUCUCUCUGAUCCAUCUGAUUCGAGAAAAAUGAUUGAUAGUGUAGUAAGCUUAUCAAUCUCUUAUGAAUUAAAUGAUGGUGAUAUAGCUGAAAAUUUUGCUAGAAAAGCUGUACAAUUGUUGGAUGUUUGGUUCGUUAACGAAAACACUAGUAUGCUACCCGACGUAAAUUAUGGUCAAGUACAAAGAGGUCCCGGAGAAUGGAAAGGAAGGGAUGAAGGAAUCCUUGAUUUACGUUUUUACGUGUACAUUCCAGUUGCGAUUAAAAUUCUUGAAAAAUCAAGUGCAUGGAACGAUUAUGUCGAAAAAGGAUUAAGAAAAUGGUUUUCUGAUUUUUCGGAUUGGUUAAUGAAUUCUGAAUUAGGGAAAGGAGUAGCCAAAAGAUCCAAUAACCAUGCAACGUUUUACAUAGCUGCAUUGGCGACAUAUUUGGAUUUUGCUGGGAGAACUGACGAAGCAAAAAAUGUCAUUAAAACAUUUGUUGAUACUACAUUCCAAGAUACCAUAUUGAAAUCAGGAGAACAGCCGAAAGAAAGCAAACGAACAAAACCAUUUCAUUAUCAAUGUUUUAAUUUAGAAGCUUUAACAUAUAUUGCUAUACUUUCACAAAAGAUAAAUGGAGCAAAUUUAUGGGAAACCAAAACAAAAUUUGGUGGUACUAUUCAAAAUGCCGUUGAUUUUCUGGUUGAUUUAGUAGAUAAGGGUAAGGUCAAGGAAGUGGAAUCCGUUCUUUUGCCUUCUUUAUAUAAAUCUAGAGAUUAUUAUGGUGAUAAAUCUGGAAAAUAUUCUAAAAUCUUAAAUAAAUUGUUACAAGAGACAGAUGGUGCUACUGAAUGGUGGACUGUAUAUAGUCCAAAGAGUUUAGAAGGAAUUAAAACAGGUUCCGCCUCAGCUUUACUUGGCAGUUCAUUAUAUG